AUGUGCAGGCACGCAGUCCGACGGUUCGUAUUCGAGAAUCACGGUUUGAUGAAACGCAUGUACGGCGAACAGCGACACAUAUCGGUGUUGCGCGCAGACAUGGACACCAACGACAUCGAAGGUGGCGUCUGGAACCGGCGGCGGGAGGAGUCGUCGUUGAACCGCUACGACUCGCAACCGUCGCCGCCUGCACCAACCUCGGGAACCUCCACCGGCACCGCUACAGUUAGCAAAGUUAGUAGCACUACCACAACCACGUCAGCGACGGCGACUACCGAGAACACGACCACGACCACUGCGUCCACAGCCCGGCCAUCCAAUGUCACCACGGAGCCCGUGGCCGACGUCGUGCCGCCCACGACGACCACCGUCGCGGAAGACGUGGAAGACAGCACCGAGGACGACGUUACCGUGGACGACCAGUUGCAGUUCGAAACCACCACCGAACCUAUAGCGUCGACCCAACGCACCGACCAGGUGCAGGAGCAACCGGGAUUCUUCCAGGAGUCGACCGGUGGUGACGCGGACAACACUCAGAAAUCAAAAGGCAUUAACGCUUGCCCGGUAAAGGAGGAGGUGGUCGCGCCUUUCUGGGCGAACAACACUCGCGGCGAAGUGCUCGCGCUGCUUAAUCUCUACCCGUUCGAGCAGUAUGUCCACUGGGAGCGAUGCACGUUCGAGAACAAGCAGAUGUUCUGCCGCCAGGGCUGCCGGUGCGAACAGCAGUACCGCUUGCACAGGCUGCUCGCCUACGACCCGUCCAACGACUGCCGCGGAAUAUUCUCCGACUGGUUCAGGUUCCCGUCGUGCUGCGUGUGCCGUUGCUACGAUCUGCCCAACGACCUGAGGAUCACGUCCCGCAGUCCACGCACCGACGGAGACGACGGCGCCGGCAGCAGCAGCAACGGCAACAGCAACGACCUCGACACUUGGUUCCAAAAUCCGUUGAGCUCUUAA